AUGUCGUUUCCGCUGCCACCCCGCGCCCUGACACACACACCCACCCAGGACAAGGCCUCUUUUGCGCCGCCCCCGGAGGUGCUGCUGAAGCAGCAGCAGCGCGAGCAGCAGCAGCGCCGCCAGGCGGGGCAGCGCGUCAGCGCCUUUGAGAUGCUGCACGCGGGCGGCGGCGCGGGAGGGGGCAGGGCCAGGGGACUGGGUGCGGCGGGGCCGGGGCCGCUGGCGGCACCCAGGGCUAUCGACGUCAGCGGCUUCGCAAACUUUGCGGACGCGCAGGCAGCAGCUGCCGCUGCGGCCGCGGCUGCGAGCGUACGUGCACUCAACGGCGGCAGCGGGGGUGGCAGCAGCGGCAGCUUGCUAGGCGGCGGCGGCGGCGGGGCAGCGCGGCGGGACGGCGGCGUGCUCGGGGGUGGCGGCGUGCUGGGCGGGAGCCAGGCAGCGCCCGUGCCUCGCCGGCCCCCUAUUGCCAUCGAAUUCGAGGGGCCUGGCCCCCGCUCUGCGCCGCUGCCCGCAGUGGUGGGCCCUGCCCACCUGGUGAGGACUCACAGCGACAGCAGGGGGGCAGGCGGCGGCAGUGGUGGUGGUGGUGCUGCUGGUGGUGGUGGUGGUGGUGCCGGCAAGGGGGGCCUGCGAAUGGGGGCGUUUCUCCGCACCUGGAACAGCACACAGCUGCAAGGCGAGCAGGAGGGUGCAGCACAGCAGCAGCAGCAGCAGCAGCAGCAGCAGCAGCGGGGUCAUACCGAGAGCGAUCAGCAGCGGCAUCAACAGCAGCAGCAGCAGCAGCAGCAGCAGCCGCGACCGGCAGGGUUCGACACCGCCAUCUGCGGGUCAAACCAGCUGGCGGCCACAAGAGGGGCAGAAACGGCAGCGGCAGCAGCAGGGGUGACAGGAGCGGCAGCAGCAGCAGCAGCAGUAGGCGCGGACUCCGGGGCGGACGCAAACGCAGGGGCGGGCACCGGCGAGGGUGAUGAGGCUGGGGCUGGGACGGGGGCGGCGGCGGACCCGAGGGCUUUCAUGGCCAAGCUGCGGCGCGAGCUGUCUGACGCCGACUUUGGUGUGGUGCGGCUGCUGCUGGGCGACUACAAGUGA